AUGACUCCUCUCAACUGGCUGCGCGAUCUCUGCGCCGUCGUUCAAGCAUUCGACAACACCAUCGACACGAAUGCUGUAGUCCGAGGCAAGGGAAUUCCUCCAAGUAUGGAUCCAUGGUAUACUGCUCCCCCGGGCUGGGAAGCCAAACAGCCCGGCGAUAUUCUUCGCAUUCGCAGUGUUCCAAUUUUGACAGACAUCGUCGCCAACUGCUCAGCUGCGUAUCGCAUUCUGUAUCGCUCGGCAGAUUCAAAGGAUGACCCAUCAUGGGCUGUUACUACCCUGUUCAUACCCGAGUCAAUCGAUCAAUCACCAUCAGGCAAAGCACCAUUGCUGUCGUAUCAAUUCGCCUACAACACGGCUAAUCUUAACUCGGCGCCUUCAUUUGCGCUGUCUGGUGUUAUGGCCCAGAGUGAGCCGACUUUGAGUAUUAAGUCGAGUACGUCUCUCAUCGAUGAGAUGAUGGCGUUGGGGUGGGCUGUUAAUACGCCAGAUCAAUGGGGGCCAACCUCUGCUUUUGGGGCAAGUGUUCAGGGUGGACAUGCGACACUUGAUGCUCUCAAAGCAGUCCAGUAUUUGUUGAAUUUGAAGGAGAAUCCGGGAUACAAUACGGCUAUUUGGGGAUAUAGUGGUGGUUCAAUCGCUACCUUUGCGGCGGCAGAGCUGCACCAAGACUAUGCACCCGAGGUCAAGAUCGAAGGGGCCGUUCUAGGUGGCCUUGUUGAUAACAUCUCAGGUGAUUUCGACCUGAUCAACAAGAGUCCCAUCGCCGGGACCGUGAUCGCUUUUCUUCUGGGCAUAACAUCCCAGUACCCAGAAGCAAGAAGCUACCUCGAGAGCCGUCUGGAACCGGCUACCAAGGCCGAAUUCAUGUCUGUUCUUGAUCUAGAGCUCACCCAAGCAGUCGCCCAUUUUUCAGGACGCGACAUCUACCCAUUCUUUCAAAACGGUUCACAAGAUCUCAAAGCGCCUCAAUUGCAAGAAUUGUUCGAUAAACAAGCAAGGUUGGGACAGAGAGGAGUCCCGCAGAUGCCGAUGUUUGUGUACAAGGCUAUCAGGGAUCAAUUCUGUCCCGUCAAGUGGACAGACGCAACUGUCCAAAAACUCCGCGAUGCUGGCGCAGAGAUCACGUAUGAUAGGAAUGAGAUUGGAAAUCAUGUUGCUGAGAUAGAGAAUGGGAAACAGAGGGUGUUUGGAUUUCUUGGGGCCAUCUUUGAAGAGGCUUAUGGAUCAAAUGAACGAUGCAAUGUUUUGGAUGUGUCGGUGGAUGCUUCUGCAUAG